UGAACCACAGGGGAUCGUUACACCUGUGUAUGUUUAUGUGCAUACAUGCAAGAGUUCUUGGAGACCAAUCUUUCUAGGAGGCAUGUCGUCGGUGACCUUCAGUAUGAUGAUGAUGACUUUUGCCGGGGCCACUCCAGAUUGGAAUUGUGUUAGAGACGACAGUUUUGUGCAGCAUGAUAUAACUCCAGCAACAACUGUUAGUAACGAAAGCUUACAUGUAAAUGGUACGAGCAUGGUAAAGCAGUGUUUUCCUGCCUGGGAUAAUGAAACAACUACAGCAUGUGAAGCGUUCACGUUUAACACCAGCAUGAACACGGUAGUCAAUCAGUGGAAUUUGGUGUGUGACGAAGCAUGGAUACCGUCUUCCAUCACCACCAUUCAGAUGUCGGGCGUGCUUUUAGGGGGACUAUUUACUGGGCAUUUGGCCGACAAGAUUGGACGUAAACCGACCCACUUUCUUUCCAUGCUGACGCUACUCGUGGUCAACGUAUUGUGCGGAUUUUCAGUAUCAUGGGAAAUGUUUGCGACGUGUCGACUUUUCAUUGGACUAGGUAUUGGCGCCUAUCUAACAGUCUACUACCCCUACGUACUUGAAUUCAUUCCUAUGGAACGUCGUGUUGUUUUGCCUGCCUUUCCAAUGUGGGGUAUAUGGUCCGCCAUAUUCGCACUCGUCGCCUGGGGACUUCCUGACUGGAGAUAUCUCCAUUUUGUCUCAGCUGCUUGUGCAGCACCCUGGCUGUUAACUUGGAGGUUAAUGCCGGAGAGUUUUCGCUGGCUUGUUUCUAACAACAAAAAGGAGGCAGCAUUUGACGUUAUACAGAGGGUGGCAAAGUUCAAUGGCAGCCCAAUUCGAGAUAUCAAAGCACUCAAAAUCAGGAUGGAUACAGACGUCGACGAGCCCAGUACGAACAAGGUUUACACCAUACGGGACAUGUUUACAACAGCUAAGCUAGCCAAAAUGACCGUUUUACAUAUAGUUUCAUGGUUAGCCUGUGGUUAUGGCUAUUAUGGGAUAUCCUUUGGAGUCGAGGGUUUAACAGGGGACCUCUUCCUCAACAUGGCCCUUCUUAGUAUUGCGGAGAUUCCACCGACUGUAACUUUAUAUUUCUUUUCAAAUCGACUUGGGAGAAAGUGGACAUCGCUGCUAUUCUGUGGUAUAGGGAUAUUUGCCGCAGUCAUCGUGGCCUUCAUAGAAGCGACAGAUUUACAAAACAAAGUGUACCGUACUGUUUUUGUACUUAUUUCGAAAAUCGGAGUAUCUCUGGCAUGGCUCGGCAUCAAGUUAUUAGCUAUAGAGCUGUUUCCAACCGUCAUCAGAUCGGUUAGCAGCGGGUUGUUCAACAGCAUGGCGAGGGUGGGCUCUCUAGUUGCUCCCCAAAUUGUGUACCUGAAUGACGACAUUCCUGGUAUCCUGUAUUUUAUAUGCAGUGGUGGACUUCUAUUGGCCUUCAUCUGUAUUUGCUUUAUGCCAGAGACAAAAAACAGAAUGCUACCUGAUACACUACACGACUUUGGUUCCAAUAAGUUAAAACCAAAAACAUCUCGUCCAUAUAAACUCUGUGAUAUGACGACUACAACGACCAAAAAAGAAAAAGGCAACAUUAUCUACGUCACGCAUAUGUAAUUUUUGAUAGUGCACAUUUUGUUAUACUUAAUGUUACUAUAUAUUACUUGAUAAAGUAAUAGUAUAAAAUCAUUUGUGAUAUAUUUUAGGUUUAUAUAUAUGUUAUAUUUUGUAAUGCAUACCAUGACUAUAUUAUUAUAUAUAAUUGCAUAUCAUAUGUUGUGAUAUGCUUUUCGUUAUUUCAUGUAAUUUAUUGUAAUACGUCGUAUAGCUAUGAAAUGUAUAGCCAUGAUAUAACAUUAUAGUAUAAACUUGGCAAUAUAGUGUAUGUGUCUGUAUGCGAUAAAUUGUAAUAAAUAAUAUGCCAAUCAAUGCAUGUAGUUAUUGUAAGUAAUAUAGUAGUUUCUGUAUGUAAUAUAUAGUGAUAUCUGGUAAUGUAUGUAAUAUAUUGUAAUACUUUCUUUACUAUAUGUUGUAUAUUUUGAUAUUGUUAUCAAUGUGUAUGUAAUAUAUCGUAAAACAUCAUAUGGUUUUUUUAAUACAGUAUACAGUAACUGUAUGUAAGAUAGUAUGUUACAAAAUGCGGUAAACAUAGUAGCUGGCCCGGACACACAUUUUACGAAAAACAAAUCCGUAUUGACUAAUUUUUCGUAGUAAAGAAACAGAAUGAUUUGCUUCAUUUUUUGAUUGCGAAUAUAAUUCACUGAGGCUUGUAGAUUAUAUGUAAAUAUAAAACUCAUUUAUUUUAUAUAAAUGGGAGUCAGUUAUGACUCGUUAGGAAUCCUCUAUUACAUUAUAUAUAUUCUGUAUGUUACAAUUUCUACAUUGUAAUUGGUUCAUUAAUUAAGGAUUAACUUGAAUGUAUCUUUUAUGUUAUGGAGAUA